AUGGGUUUGUAUGGACAGGCUUGUCCAUCUGUAACUUCAUUAAGGAUGACAUCUGAACUGGAGAGCAGCCUAACAUCUAUGGACUGGUUACCACAGCUCACCAUGAGAGCAGCCAUCCAAAAAUCUGAUGCUACACAAAAUGCACAUGGAACAGGAAUUUCCAAGAAGAAUGCGCUCCUUGACCCAAAUACAACACUGGACCAGGAAGAAGUCCAACAGCACAAAGAUGGGAAACCUCCAUACAGUUAUGCCAGCCUCAUUACAUUUGCAAUUAAUAGCUCACUCAAAAAGAAAAUGACUCUAAGUGAGAUUUACCAGUGGAUUUGUGAUAACUCCCCGUAUUAUAGAGAGGCUGGCAGUGGUUGGAAGAAUUCCAUACGACAUAAUCUGUCACUGAACAAGUGUUUCCUUAAAGUGCCUCGAUCAAAGGAUGACCCAGGGAAGUCCAAGGGGUCCUACUGGGCAAUAGACACCAAUCCAAAGGAAGAUGUGCUGCCUACUCGGCCAAAGAAGAGAGCACGAUCUGCAGAGCAGGGGGUGGCCAUUCCCCCAGCCCCGCUCAAGGCGGACAUCACUAAUCAGUCACAGCAGGGCAGGUGCUGCGACUCAUCUGCCCUGCUCUUUUCUAAGAAGCUGGGAGGCAGCUGUGAACCCCUCAACACCGCAUUGCAGGACACCAUUACCUAUCAGAGGAUCACAUCUACGCUAUUUGCCAUUCCUGUGAUCCCACACCAUCAGCCUUGA